AUGAGUCCAUGCUCCUCUUUUUCUAUAUAUUUUCUUUUCUUUCUCUUCUCUUCUCUCAACAUCCGACACUGUGUGGCAACUGAUAACAUCUCUUUGGGCCAGUCCCUCUCUGGAAACCAGACCAUAGUGUCGAAAGAAGGCAACUUUGAGCUCGGGUUCUUCGCACCAGGUUACUCUCGUAACUACUACAUAGGCAUCUGGUACAAAAAAGUUCCAGUCCAAACUGUAAUCUGGGUGGCGAACAGGGCAACACCCAUCUUCAACACCUCCUCUGCAGUGUUCAGAAUCUCAGAAGAUGGCCAACUGGGCCUUCUCAACAGGUACAAAAUCCUAGUUUGGUCAUCCAAUUCAACUCCAUCAACCUCAGAUUCCACGGUUGCAGUGCUUCUCGACACUGGAAAUCUUGUUAUAAGAAAUGGAUCAAGCACUACAAUUUGGCAGAGUUUUGAUCACCCAACUGACACCGUCAUGCCAGAAGAAUUGCUUGGAGUUAACAAGAUCACAGGGGAGUAUCAGAGCGUCACUUCAUGGAAGAACCCCGAGAACCCUGCACCCGGGCCUUUUGCUCUAAGAAUGGACCCUGAUGGAUCCAAUCAGUUUGUAUUGCUGUGGAAUGGUUCUGAAAUUUACUGGACCAGUGGGAUUUGGAAUGGCCAAUACUUCCCUAUAAGCCCUGGUACCGUAGAAAGCAGUCUCAUCAAAAUCACCUUCGUCGACAAUGAGCAGUGGAAAUAUGUCAUGUAUACCAUCCUCGACAGUUCUUUCAUCAGUCGGAUUGUGAUUGAUUCAUCAGGGCUGGUAGGGCAAUGGUAUUGGCUGAAUAGCACCCAGAAGUGGCAGCCAUUCUUUAUUGAACCUUUGGCUCGAUGUGAUGUCUACUCUCUAUGUGGAGCUUUUGGUAUCUGCGACCAGAAGAGCUCGAAUACUUGCAGGUGCGCCUAUGGUUUCGAACCAGCUUCAAUGAAAGAGUGGGAGUUCAACGUUUGGAACUCAGGGUGCGUGAGAAAAACCGGUUUGCGAUGCAGUGAUAAAAGCUCGGCUGGUGGAGAGGACGAUAGAUUCCUUGAGAUGACCAAUAUGAGAUUGCCUGACAAUCCACAGAAUUUGGCUGUUGGGAGUGCUGAAGAGUGCGAAGAGGCUUGCUUGAACAACUGCGCUUGUAACGCGUAUGCUUAUGUGAGUGGAUGCUUAAUUUGGACUGGGGACCUUCGGAACCUUCAACAACUCUAUGAUGGUGAUCGUGGAGCUGGUACUCUUCAUCUCCGGCUCGCUGCUUCUGACUUCCCAGCUUCAAGUAGCUCACAUAGGUUGGUAAAGAAUCUUACUCCUAGUGUCAUCGGUGGAAUUCUUGUGAUCUUUUGUGUUCUCUUCGGACUAAUUUGGGUAUCUCAAAGAAGGAAACGAGCUCGGAUGGCAAAACAAGUUGAGGGCUCUCUGAUUCAGUUUGCUUACCGUGAUUUGCAGCGUGUGACCAAGAACUUCUCUGAGAAGUUGGGCGGUGGUGGCUUUGGCUCUGUUUUUAAAGGCACAUUAAUUGACUCUACCGAAGUGGCUGUGAAGAAGCUUGAAGGUUUGAGACAAGGAGAGAAGCAAUUCCGAACCGAAGUGAGCACAUUGGCUGCUAUUCAACAUGUCAAUGUGGUCCGCCUUCGCGGUUUGUGCUCCGAGGGCAGGAAAAGGCUUCUAGUUUAUGAGUACAUGUCACGAGGUUCCCUGGACUCUCAUCUCUUUCCAAACAAUCCCACAGUUCUAGACUGGAGGAUGAGGUAUCAAACUAUUCUUGGGAUUGCCAGAGGAUUAAGUUACCUCCAUGAGAAGUGCAGGGAGUGCAUCAUACACUGCGACCUAAAGCCAGACAACAUACUUCUAGACGGGGACUUCUGUGCCAAAGUCGCAGAUUUUGGCAUGGCGAAGCUCAUAGGUCGUGACUUCAGCAGGGUACUGACAACCAUGAGGGGAACCAUUGGCUAUCUUGCACCCGAGUGGAUUUCAGGCCUACCCAUCACCUCCAAGGUUGACGUCUACAGCUUUGGGAUGAUGCUUUUUGAGCUGAUAUCAGGCAAGCGAAAUACAACGCACUCUGCGGAUGGGGGCGAAAUCUUUUAUCCUUCCUGGGCUGCAACGAGGGUCAUUGAAGGCGAUAUAUUUAGCUUAUUGGACCAUAGAUUGAAUGGUGCUGCUGACAUUGAAGAGCUAACCAAAGUCUGCAGAGUUGCUUGCUGGUGCAUUCAAGACUCGGAAACUCAGAGGCCAACAAUGGGACAGGUGGUGCAGAUCCUGGAGGGAGUCCUGGAGGUGAGCAUGCCGCCAGUUCCUAAGGCUCUUCAGCUUCUUACCGGGGAUCAAAGCCAAAUUGGUAAUCAUUUGCCGUCCACUGAAUACAAAGAUCCACUGGAUCAAUCUCAGGAUUUCCCUCAGUUAAGUGUUAAGCUAUAA